CGAGUUCGAUAUAUCGAGAGAGCUCGAUUAUCUAUCGAACUAUCUAUCGGUCGCGCGGGCAACGCGACGGAUUCCAAACAGACCGUGCACUCGCGUGACUACGAGGACUCGACACCUGAGAUUUCUCAAAUUUGCACAUUUAUAUCGUCAAAUUGCAAACUGAAAAAUAAGUUCUCGAUAAAAUGUACAAAGUGGAGGCAGCCAGCGCGCUGUGCGAAGUUGCGGAGCCAGGCGUGAUAACUGGAAACAUACUUAUUUCCUUGGCGAUCGAGCAGGGACCGAAGAACGAGGCUGGCAAAUUGUUUCUCAAAGACGGGAUCGAGUUGAACAAAAUGAAGGAGAUACGCAUCGAGUUUCUCAAUAUCCUGAACAUCGAUUACUUGUGGCUGUUGAAAAAUCUAGUCAAACUGUCAUUGUCCCACAAUGUCAUUGAGGUAAUCGAGAAUCUCGACGAGCUUGUACACCUGAAGGAGCUGGAUCUCUCGUUCAAUCGCAUCAAAGUCAUGGAAAACCUGAAUCACUUGGAUCAACUAGAAAUUCUGCUUUUGUACAGUAACGAAAUCUCGAUUGUACAAGGCAUAGAUAACUUGAAGAAGCUCACUAUUCUCAAUAUUGGUAAAAAUAAGAUUGCGGACUGGAAACAUGUCAUGUACCUGCGCGACUUCAAAUUGCUGCGAAGUUUAAAUGCGUGUGACAAUCCCUGCGCUGAAAUGGAUGGAUACUUGGAUUAUUUAAUCGCAUUCGUGCCGCAACUGGUUUAUUAUCAGUAUAGAAUGAUAUCGGAAGACGCACGUCAAUCUGCCAUCAACAAGCAUUAUCGUGUAAUUACUAAUCUUGAAGAAAACGAAGCAAAACUACAAGCGGAAUUAAAAUCGCAACAAGAACUGGAAGACAAAAUUGCGUUACUGUCUGUUUCGUACGUAGAAUACCUUGACGAAGACUGCCUUUUUCAACAAAUGUUUUCUCUCGACAAAGAUGGUAGGACGUUAUCUCUGAUAAACGAAGAUACGCAGAACGCGUUUGCGCAGUAUCGAAAGUCCUUCUCUGCGAUAUGCAAUGAAUUAUUCGAACUAGGAUUACAGGAGCAUAGGAAAAGAGCGGAAGAAGUACGAUUGUUCGAGGUUGCCGUUAAUGAAGGCAAGGAAAGCACGCAGAGUGAAGCGAGAAAGAUCAUAGACGAGGUGCUUGAAAAAAAAGCCGAAAUAUUCGCGAACAUAAAAAAAGUGAUGGAAGCUCUGGUGGAGGAGGAAGCUGAGGCAACUGAUGACAAGGCUAUGAAAGUGAGAGGAUUACUUGAUGAAUUUAACGAGUUACUGUCCAAGGCACAAACCCAGUUGAUGUCGAAGGAAGUUGUACUACACGAUCAGCUGGAAGACAUAAAUGAAGUCUUCGGAUCUAAUAUGACGGAUAUGGUGGGCUCGUUCCUAGAAAAUGCGCGGAUAUACUUCUCCAACUUGCGAAACGCGGAGGCUGAGUAUAACGAUCGCGUAAAUGAAUCGGUUUCGUCUUAUCUAAGCGGUUUUGGGGACGAAGAGAGCGUACCGGCGCAUCUUGCAGAUCUCUGCGGGGACAAGGAUACUUUGGCUACCACUCUCGCCGCGUCGCAUGAUGUACAUUUGCAAGUGAUAAACGAUCGAGAGGAACGCAUGAUGAAUCGGCUCAAUGAUUGGCUGAGAGAAUAUACUGAUCAAUUAAUCGUAGAUGAAAACAAGAGGAAUCGUCAACAGAUACUGGAAAUAUCGCAUUUCUUUGGAUUUCAACGACAGGAAUUAAGUACGGUGGGUUUGCCGCAACCGGUAGAGUUGACGGACGUAGAUCUGGAUAUGGAUAAUCUAAAUGAUUAAAAGUUAACGAUUAACAUGCCACGAUGUUUUUCUUUUUGGAAGAAAACUCGAGAAAUAAACGCACGUGAGUUUUACAUUUUACGUAUAUCGCAUUUAUUGGCUAUUAAAAAAUAUAUAUAUAUAUUCUAAUAUACACAGAAAACCUCUUAUAUAAAACUCUUAUAAAAGUUUAUCAAAGCUGAUUUAUAAAAAUCACAAUUUUACAAAUACAAAAA